GAAAGCGAAGCAGAACCAUUUUUUUAUUUAUUCGUGAACGAGCGUAGCGUGAGCGUGAGAAACAACAGAAGCGGUGGUAGCUGUACACAAGGGAGUGUAAUAAAUUGAUAGUAUUUUUUUAACUUCUGUGUGAAAUUGACGUCAAAUACCUACUUAGAAAGUAACUAUUAGAAGGAUAUGGUCCAAGACUUAAUCUCCAGAAUAAGCUAGAAAAAUGGAUCCGAUUGGUUCCAGUUGUUAUAAUUUGCAAAUCAAAGAAAAUGCCAGAGCGAAUCUUAGCGAAGAAGACUCUCAAAACGAAAAACUACACGAAAUUAUAUGUAGUGUUAGAUCUCUUAGUAAAUAUGAAGGAAGGUCUUUCAGGACACUAUUUCCACAAAUUGCGGCAGCAUCCAUAGCUGCUUCUUAUCACAUAGUUGUAGGUAUAAGUUUAGCAUAUUCUGGUAUUUUGAUUCCUAACUUGGUACCACACGCGAACAAUGUUACUUCUGAUAUUCAAAUUGUGGCCUCUACAAGUGAAACAUCAUGGAUUGCCAGCGCAAUAGUGAUAGUAGCCCCAAUCGGUGGCAUAUCCGGAGGAUUCAUCAUGGAUCGUUUUGGAAGAUUGAACACGCUCAAACUGGCAACCCUGCCAGGAAUUAUCGGAUGGAUAAUCAUAGCAAUGGCAACAAACGUUCCCAUGCUGAUUAUUGGCAGAGUCCUAACUGGAAUUGGAACUUCAUGGGGAUCUAGCCCUGCCAUUGUGUACAUUACCGAAAUUGCACGAGUCGAUAUGAGAGGAUCAUUGAUUUCCUUUGGACCUGCUUAUGCAUCCUUAGGUAUGGUUCUUACUUUUCUGAAAGGUUGGUUCCUAGACUGGCGAACAGUAGCUUGGAUGUGUUUGGGAUAUUCCGUAAUACCAGUGAUACUAAUAACCCUGUUUAUACCAGAAAGUCCAGCUUGGUUAGUGUCAAAAGGAAAAAUCGAAGAAGCUGCUAAAAGCUUGAAGUGGCUCCAUAGGAAUCAACCUCAACCUGAACAAAGAACUGAGACGCUAGCUGAGCUCCAAUUGCAUCUUCUGCAAAAGGAACAUGAAAUUAAACUGGAAGAAGCUAGCCGGAAGGGUACAGGAUUUAUGGUUAAAGUUAAGAAGUUCAUUAAGCCAACCGGAUACAAACCAUUGAUAAUCUUAUUUGGCUUGUUCUUUUUUCAACAAUUCUCUGGCAUCUAUAUUACUUUGUUUUAUUCUGUCACAUUUUUUGAAAAAACUAGAUCAGCUCUUAACCCAUACUUAGCUUCAACAUUAAUUGGUACCGUCCGAUUUGCCAUGUCCUGUAUAAACACUUACAUGCUUAGGACGUUCCAUAGACGACCUUUGAUAAUGUUUUCAGGAUUGGGCAUGUGCUUUUGUAUGUUUUUCUCUGGAUUAUUUACCAUGUGGAUUAUAGAAGGUACUUCAACACAAAACUGGGUACCAACAACACUUCUUCUUUUAUACGUAAUCACUUCUAUGAUAGGAUUAUUACCAAUUCCUUGGACGAUGACAGCUGAAUUGUUCCCAAUAGAAAUUCGUGGUGUUGCUCAUUCUAUAGCCUACAGCGUUGCUAAUUUAAUUAUGUUUGCAUCGGUUCAAUUGUAUUAUACUUUAGAAGAUUUAUUCGGAGGAAUUGUUGGCAUACAAUGGUUUUUUGCAGUCAUUUCCAUUCUAGCCUCUGUUUACACAUUUAUAUUCUUACCAGAAACCCAUGGUAAAAAACUAUCGGAAAUUACUGAUUAUUUCACCAACAGCAGUGCUAUUUAUUUAUUGUCUGUCAAGAGAAAUAGGAGUCAAGUACCUACUAAGAAGAAAAUACCACCGAGGAAUGAUAUUGUCAAAUCCAAUAAUAAACAAAACGAAAAAUUAAUUGAUAAUGCUUGAUAUAUUUAUUUGGUGUAUAUUGUUUGCUCAAGACACCCUAUAUUUUGAGUAAAAUCAAUAAUUAUUAUUAUUGUGAUUAGUUUCAAUCUUGAAUAACUUUAUUAUUCCAAAAUUUGGCUGUUUGACAAUAAGAACUGAGACAGUAUUUUUCUAAAAAAUCAUAAUAACACUAAACCUAAUAAAUGUACUUUUAGAAUAAGUUCUAUUUAUUUUUAAUUUUAAUUUGUUAGAGUAGGUAUAAUUAUUUUGUUCACUUAUUUGACUUAUUUUCACUUCUCACUAUUAUUGAGGUAUUCUUAUAUGUUAAUUUUAAAGUUUCAUCUUUGUCAGCAUGAUAAUAUUUUUGGGAUUCAAUAUUUUAGGAUAUGUAGCAUACACAGAUACUUAAUAAAGAUAUUUUUUUAUAGUGUGAUUAGUGUGGAAUUAAAAAGACAAGUGGAAUGAAAAAUACUUUUAAUUAAAUAUUUUCUAAUAAUAAUUAUGCAUAAAAACAACAAUAAUGACGUAAACAUCUUAAAUUCCAAUUUACAAAAACUAUAAAAACUUAAUUACCUUGUGCCAUAAGAAAAAUAUUAGGAAUCUAUCCGUUUUAUUUCAAUGUACGUUAUUUCUUGUGCUAAAAAUGUGUCACAAAAGCAAACAAAAUAAAAAUAAAGAUAGGUAAGUAGUUCAUUGUUCGGCCAUAUCCAAUUAAUCAAGUUUAAAAAUAACUACAAGUAGGUACAUACCUACCUAUCUCUAUUUAGCUAAGUUAACACCAUUAAGACAUUUGUUAAUGAAUUGAAAAACGCUGGACACGUAGCUCUUCCUGUUUUCUGGUAAAUGUUUGACGUGAAGGCUAUUUUGAUAACAAAUUCUUGUCACUUUUGCACCAAGAUCUUGACGGUGAUUGGCAAAAGAUUCAACAUCCUAGA